AUCACCUGGUUGUAUUCAGUUAUCAAUCAGAAUACUAUUUGAACAAUCAAGUUGUAUUGUUAGGCGUUCACUCAAGGAAAGUAUUACAAUCAUAUCACAAUAUCGGAGAACUUGGCCACCUUAUAUCUAUCCUACCAAUAUGGAAUCAUCUUUUUAAAC